UAUUGUGAGUUUAUGACAGACACGUCAAGAGAUACAUCACAUUUUUGGAAAAUUCUUUUGCGUAGUAAAAAAAAUGAAAUAAUUGCACAGACUUCAGCUGUCACCAAACGUAAUAAAAACCGAUAAAGACAUUCUCUACAAAAUUCACUGUUUUAGUACAACGGCCUUCCAAAGUACAAAUGUGUAUAUAUAAUGGCAUCUAGUGCUAGUUCGUCAACAGGCUCGUCUAAAAAGAUAGACGCAAAUGGUGGACCGGAUACGGCAGAUAAGGAGGAAAAGAAGGAAGAUCGUACGUUCGAGUGCAACAUCUGCCUUGACACAGCUCGCGAUGCUGUCGUCAGUAUGUGCGGGCAUUUAUUCUGCUGGCCCUGCUUACACCAGUGGCUCGAGACAAGACCGAGCCGACAAGUCUGUCCCGUAUGCAAAGCCGCGAUAAGCAAAGAGAAAGUCGUACCGUUGUACGGUCGCGGCAGCACCAAGCAGGAAGACCCCAGGGAGAAAGUCCCACCUAGACCUGCGGGACAACGUACCGAACCGGAAGGCGGCUCAACUUUUCCAGGCUUCGGCUUUGGCGAUACAGGAUUUCAUAUGUCCUUCGGUAUUGGCGCGUUUCCGUUUGGAUUCUUUACCUCGACUUUUAAUUUUGGUGAUGCGAGACCAGGUGCCGCCCCUCACGGUACGCCUCAGCAUUUGGAGGAACAAUAUCUGUCAAAGCUGUUUCUGUGGCUAGCCGUACUGUUUAUUUUUUGGUUGUUAUUGGCUUAAGGACACUUUUAAUCAAAUAUUAUACAAAUCACUUGUGUACAUUGUUUAUAAUUAAACGUUGUGUAAUUUUUAAUUAGUAGAAAUGUAUGUAUAUAUUACACUGCAAUUAGAGUGGAAUUUUAUUUUAAAA